AUGCAAUUCACCAAGACUCUUAUGCUGCUGGCAGCUCUCACCUCUGGCAGCUUGGCCAACGUGGACAAGCGUUCCACGCUUAUUCCUGUCGCUUCUCCUACCUCCUCUAGCCCCUCCUCUGCUUCUUCCUCAUCUUCACCUUCUUCCGGAGGAGGCAGCAGCGGUGGAUCCUGGACGGCUACUCCCUCCAGCGGAUCCUACUCCACCGAGGGCUUCGGCAGCCGUACCUCCAGCGGCGGCGGUGGCAUCACCUACGCCGGCAACACCGGCAACCCCUGGGGUAGCAACAUAAUCCAGGUGUCCGAGAGCGACGCCGCAAACUACAAGAACGUCGCCCAGUUCAAGGGCCAGAACGAAGAGUCCUGGAAUGUUGUCUUCUUCAACAAGUGCGGCCCCGAUGGUGAGAUGACUGGCUGGUACGGCAACUCCGCUCUCACUUUCGAACUCGCUGCCGGUGACACCAAGUACGUUGCCUUUGACGACGACUCGCGCGGUGGCUGGGCUGCUUCUUCUGGCUCCAUCCCCACUGAUAACAAUGGCGGAUACGCCUCGACAUGGGGAGAGUUUGACUUUACCAGCUCUUCGAACGGUGGCUGGUCUGGAUUCGAUGUGUCUGCUAUCGUGGCACAGAAUGCUGGCUUGACUGUGCAGGGUAUGAGCAUCUGUGAUGCUCUGGGUAGCACUUGCUCUUCUAUCAACCCUGACGCCACUUCUGUUGACAAUGCCUACACCACUGCUGAGACCGACAUUGGUGGUAUUGGUGGUAACCUCUCUGGCGGUGGUGCUGUUCGCCUUGCUGUCACUAUUGACUACAAGGGCUAAGCAAACUUCUGGAUCUUUCAGAUGUAUAAAAUUUUAGAUUAUGUUGAUUAGACCUUCAGAUACCUGGAGUAUCGGAAUAUAC